AUGCGGUUCCGGUUCGGGGUGGUGGUGCCGCCCGCCGUGGCCGGCGCCGGGCCGGAGCUGCUGGUCGUGGGGUCGCGGCCCGAGCUGGGGGGCUGGGAGCCGCGCGGGGCGGUGCGCCUGAGGCCGGCGGGCGCCGCGGCGGGCGCGGGGGCGCUGGCGCUGCAGGAGCCGGGCCUGUGGCUCGGGGAGGUGGAGCUGGCGCCCGGGGAGGCGGCGCGGGACGGGGCGGAGCCGGGCCGCGUGGACACGUUCUGGUACAAGUUCCUGAAGCGGGAGCCGGGAGGAGAGCUCGCCUGGGAAGGCAAUGGGCCUCAUCAUGACCGUUGCUGUACUUAUAAUGAAAACAACUUGGUGGAUGGUGUUUACUGUCUCCCAAUAGGGCACUGGAUUGAGGCCACUGGGCACACCAAUGAAAUGAAGCAUACAACCGACUUCUAUUUUAAUAUUGCAGGCCACCAAGCCAUGCAUUAUUCAAGAAUUCUACCAAAUAUCUGGCUGGGUAGCUGCCCUCGACAAGUGGAACAUGUAACCAUCAAACUGAAGCAUGAAUUGGGGAUUACAGCUGUAAUGAAUUUCCAGACUGAAUGGGAUAUUGUACAGAAUUCCUCAGGCUGUAACCGCUACCCAGAACCCAUGACUCCAGACACUAUGAUUAAGCUCUAUAAGGAGGAAGGCUUGGUCUACAUCUGGAUGCCGACACCAGAUAUGAGCACCGAAGGCCGAGUGCAGAUGCUGCCCCAGGCCGUGUGCCUGCUGCAUGCGCUGCUGGAGAACGGACACACCGUGUACGUGCACUGCAACGCCGGGGUGGGCCGCUCCACCGCGGCCGUCUGCGGCUGGCUGCAGUACGUGAUGGGCUGGAACCUGCGGAAGGUGCAGUACUUCCUCAUGGCCAAGCGGCCGGCUGUCUACAUUGACGAAGACGCCUUGGCCCGGGCACAAGAAGAUUUUUUCCAGAAAUUUGGGAAGGUCCGUUCUUCCGUUUGUAGCCUCUAGCUGGCUCAACCUGCCUCUGGUCCCUGCAGAUUCCCUUAAGGAUCCCGGGGUGAUGUGAGUCAAAUGACCUGGAAACAAAGAUUCUACCUGAACUGAAAGGGCUGUGUGUCCUCCCCCAAGCCACCCCCUUUAAUCUUGGAUGACUCUCUAAUAUGCUUUGGUUGGGCUGUAACUUUGAAAUAUUUUACAGAGAAUGCUGUGACGGACACAUGAGAAAAAGCCCAAAGCAGUUCGACUGGGCUUCAGAUAAAAAGGCAAUGCGCGCUCUUCCUGCUGCCUGCAGGCCGGUGAGUCUUUUGCUUUGCAAGCACUGCGUGUGUUGUAUUAUGGAUCCGUGACAGCACUUUCUUGGUGCGUUGUAACUCUUUGGUAUGCAGAAGAAAAGUUAGGGAGUUUUGUGGAUUGUAUCAUGGGUGUGUGUCCAUGUGCACACACACACACACACACACACAUUUGCACACUGCUUUCCUGCUGAACUGAACUGACAUUAUAAAAUGAGAGCUGCUCAGUUGCCAAGGGAGGAAAUAAGGGUAGAAGCCUGGAGUGUGAGAAGGGAAGAGCUCAACACGGCCAAAAAGUGAUGGCCUGUCUAGAUUGUUUUUGUAUCUUGCUUCGAAGGCAACACCUUCCUUAUAUACCCAACAACCUGCGAGACAACCGAAGUAGAGUUAUUAUUAUCUAUUUGUUUUAAUUGAGGCAUAAUGAGCAUAGGCAGCUUACCCGCGAUCUCAUGGCUGGUCCAGGCUGAGCUGGAGUUAGUAAUCCAUGUUUAUUUGAGUCGGUGCUUUUUUCAACACAACGUGUUGUUUUUCCAGCAUUGUGUUGUGAAUUCAGUUUUGUCUUUCUCAGAGUAAGGUCGAUAUCCCUGCAGGAGUUCCUACAAUGAGAAAUAGAACAAUAUUCUGAUCAGUUGCCAAAGAAUUUAGGAAAGUAGUUGUAUUUUGUGCAAACUAAUUUAAAACAUGGUGAGCUAUCUCAAGGCGAUGUGUCCUGAGCCAUAGCUCAUAAGAGGAAGUAUAUUACCAAAAGAGCCCAAAGAGCCAAAAUCCACAGAUAAUUGUUCCAUAGCCUAAGACAUCCUGGUUCAGCACUCAAUUUAGUAUAAGCCACAGUUGCUGUGCCUGGAGAAUAUGCAGUUCACUCUCCUGGUUUCUGUAGGAAAUACAGAGAUGAACAAAACCUCAAAAGUGUGCAGCCUAGAAACAGACCUGUGCUCAACCAACCGUAAUGAAGGAUUGAACCGUGAAUGAUAGGCUAGAACAGAAAAGGGAAAUAUCUUUUUAUUGAGAGCCUCUGUGUGCCAGGUGCUUUACAGUUGUAUCCAAUUUAAUCUUCACAGUACCCAAGGAGGGAGGUUUCAUCAUCUCUGUUACCUAGAUGAGGAAUCUAAGGCUCAGAGAGGUUAAAUCAACUGUUCACAGUUACAUGGUGAAUAAAUAGAUGAAAUGAGAUACAAAGCUAGGCUUGUCUGACUCAAAGCCUGUAUUUUCUUCUAUUAAACUAUUUAGGUUAUUAAAUAUGAAAUGUCC